GUUUGGCAUCGUCCUUGUUAGCGAAUUUAAAAUAAAACAAAAAUUAAGAAUUUUCUUUAGAAACAAACCGGGUGUGUCCAAAACUCUCUAAAUAAAAAUUAAGCAGGUCACAGGUGAAGAGAUUCCACUUGGAGUUUGCAUAUUCUCCGAUAAUGUUAUUAUGAUCUUCGCCGGAGAAAUUCACAUUUAAGUUAGUCUUCCUCAAGCAGUGCUGGUGGUAUAAGUGCGCUUUCUUUGGAUCUACUCGAAACAUAUCAUCAAGAUGCGCCGGGUUCUCAUCUGCACAUUAUUUCUCUUAGUGGGUUGUUUUGGAAAGGAAAAAAAUUCAAACGAACUGACAAAUCUGCAACCAGUUUUAAAUUUAGAUAGCAACUUACGUAAAGCUUUACUAAAGGCACUCACAGAACUGGAAAAUGAAGAAAACGAAAGGGAUUUUAAGGACGGCAGUGAUAAAAUAAUUACAAGGGCGCAAGCUUCUGCUGUAUCCUAUAUUGAAACAGAAGAUGGAGAGCAAGAACAAGAAGAAGAAAAAGACGCCGUAGUAACAACUGAAAAAAUAGAAGACGUAGUAACCACAACCGAGAAAACUGAAGUUUUGGUACAACGUAGUAAAGAUUUACCAUCGAAUGUAAUAACGACGUUCGAACAUAGCGAUGUUGAUCCUGUUGUGGAUGCAGAGCAGAUUUUAACGAGUGCUAGUAGCAGUAUUAUUUUAAAUAACGGUAAAGUUUUGCACGAAAAAAGGCAAGAGUCGAGUUUAUUAAAAAACAAAAUUCCUUCGGAAAAAGCUUCAGUUGCCACGACUCCAAUUGUAACAAGUACGACACCUUUGCCAACAUCAACAGAAGAAAGUGAGGCCAAAGUUGAAGACGUUCAGUUUUAUAAUGCUCCUCUAGUGGCUGCUUUUACCGUACACCAAGACGAAAGAGGUUUACCAAAACUGGUCGAGCCAAUUUACAAAAACCAAAAAUCGAUCAACAGAAACCCAACUAACGCCGAACUUAAAAUAAUUCAACAGACCCAAAUUAGAGAAGAUGAGUUACGCGGGCGCCAAUUGGCUGAACAGCAAAACUUAAGACAAUUUGAUCUACAGCGCAAACAAAAAGCAUUGGAAGAAGAAAUCGAAAGGUUAAAACUGAUUCAGCAACAGCAAGUUUUGUACUUGAGACAACAAUACCAAAAGGAAAAGUUAUUGGAGGAGGAGUUCAGACUUCGCAAUGCCGGACGAUCUCUAAACAACAAUAAGAACCAGGUCUCAAAUAAUAUUAACACCAUUCAAACACAAACCGAAAAAAAUACAUUAACACCAACUCCCCUUUUUGCAAAUAAAAAUCAGAAUCCCGCCGUAUCUGUUCAUCCAAGUAUUGAAUUCAAUCCUUCCCCCAAAACAGAUAGAUUACAACAAAAUCCAAGCAUCGGAUUCAAUGCUUUAACAGAAGCAGGAAGAUUACCGCAAAACGGUCAAGUUUUACCCAUCAAAAAUGCGAAUAAUUUCCAUUUACCCCUAGUUCAAUCUCCAAACUUCCUACAAUUCCCAUCACUGCCUCUUCAAAACGUUCAACCCAUCAGAAAUUUCCAACCACUUAUUUUUGAUAAUAUCCCCCAAAUUUCUUUCACUACCCCCCUUACUCCAAAUUUAAGAGUAUUUAGGCAAGAAUCCCAUGCAGGCAACUUCCUAAACCAAAACAACCAAAACCUAAAUAGCAUUGGUUCGUCAUUUACAAUUCAGAAAUCCAUUCAACCUCAGUCCCAACAGCAACAACAAUUGCAACAGCAACAAUCGCAACAACAAAAUCUUCAACAACAAUUGAAUCAACAAUUACAGCAACAACUAAAUCAACAACAAGACAACAGAUUUAGAUCAAAUUUCCAGUCGUUUAACAAUCCCAACUCCUUUAACAUUGUACAGUCGACACAACCUUUUAUCCCUGUCAAUAAUUUUAACACCCAACCUAUCCAACAACAACACAGGUUCUUUAGAUCCAAUCUAGAAGGUACGCACGCUUCGCCCAAUUCUUUUAAUCAACAAGCUGUUGACAGACACUUGCAUAAUUUAUUGUAUAAUUCCGGUAUUAUUAGAGGCAAUGAACAAGAGCACCUUGGAAUUAUUUCGAAAGUUUUAACGCUAAACCACAACGGAGUUCAUGCCGCCCAAAAAAGAGUAAACAAUCAAGGAAUAUAAGCGUAGAUAGUUGCCUAUUUAUUGGUUAAAAAACAAGUCAUUAUUUUAAAUAGAUUUAAAACAGACUGUAUAUAAGUAUAAAGAACAUAGGUUAUAAAUCGACUUUAUUAUUUAAUUUUAAAUUUUUAUGAAAAUCUAUUUUUAUUGUGGUGUUGUCGAGUUAAAAUAGUUUUGGUGUUCAUUCUUCUGGAAAAAAGUUAUUAAAAGUGAUUUUGUUACUUAUAUUUUUAAGAAAAUAAUGCUAGUUUAAAUUAUUUACUACACACUACAUUAAGUUUAAAUAUAUCGUCGUUCAAAAUACGUAAAGGGGUAUCAGGUUUUUUGUUCAAAGCAAAAAUAUGUUUACCUGUAUUAUUUAAUUUUGUAGUUGUAGAAUUGUAGGAUAUAUCGGCCGUUUCAUAAAUAACUCAACGCCUAGGAAGGGUCAAGUCAUAAAUGUUUCUGAUUUUUUAAUAUCUUUUUAAGUUUGGUUAGUAAAGCCACAAGGCACAAAAAAUAUUUUUUCAAUAAACUAAGUCGGUUUGAAUUUUUUGCUAUUUUAUUUUUUGGAACAAAAUGACCACUAUAAAAUUGUAAGAAAAAACUCAAUAAAAUACUUAAGAAAUUUAACAAAAAACUUCAUUUAUACAGCUUUAUUUAAAUAAACAAAAAGAAAAUCCUAAUUGUAAUCGUAAUUUUUUUGAAAAAAAAUAUCACCCCCUAUGGUCUGCCCUUUUCUAAAGAUUUCCGUUUUGUUUCGUGAGGGGCGUUUUUUUGUUGCUAAGAUAUCGAAUUUUAAAGAGCACGAUGAACCCCUUUAAACAAAUGGAGUGUUUAGAGAUGUAAGGUGUCAAAAAUGACAGAUGACAAAAAUAGCUCAUCAACAGGUGUUGACAAGUGAGUCCCCUGUCAUUUUUGCCAUCUGAGGUGACAGAAGUACAAAAAUGAGAGACGUAAAAAAUUAUUGAUAACUGACAUCGGUUGUUAUAGCUCAUUCUUGUCAUCUGUAAUUUUUGACAUCUUAAAUCUCUAAACGCUCAUUUUUUUCAAAUCGCGGUUCAUCGCGUUUUUCAAAAAUCUAUAUAUCUCGGCAACAAUGGAAACAAAAAUCUUUGGAAAAGAUUGGGUUGAGAUGAUAUCUUUUUCAAAAAAAUUAUAUUAAAAAUAUAUUAAAUGCCUUAUUUUCACGAUUUUCUUUUUGUUUAUUUAAAAAAGCUGUAUAAAUUAAGUUAUUUGAUAAUCUUUUAUUAUUAUUAAUAGUUUACGAGAUUUUCUUGAUUUCAUGUGGUAAUUUUGUCCCAAAAAAUAAAAAAUACAAAAAUUCAAACCGUCAGUUUUUUUUUAAUAUUUUUUUUUCAAAUUUAUUUGUGCCAUGUGGGUAUACUAACAGAACUUAAAAACAUAAUCAAAAAUCAGAAACUUUCAUGACUUGACCCCUCUUAGGUUAUUUAUGGGUCGGCUGAUAUACCUUCCGCCUGACUUAUUUUAAAAGAUACUUUACAGUAACUGUUGCAUGUAACCAACGUUAAUCAGUAUUUUACACUUGAAGUUUAAACCCCAUUAUCUUCUAUGUUGUUUUAAUUAUUUAUUGUAUUAAUAAUAUACAUAGUUAUAUGUUCGUUUUAUAAAUAAAAUAUUUUUUAUUAUUUGUUGUUUGAUUUUUUAGAAUACUGCUAAAUUAGCAUUAGGAAGUGAGUGGAAGAUGUAUUGAAGCACACAAAUGUAUAAGCAUUGGGAAACAUUAUAAUUUUCUUUUAUUUGUUCCAAGUUAGGUGAUUUUUCA